CAGGAAGCGGUUGAGCGUGGAUCUCAGGAAUGAUUUCAUUAUUAUUUUAUUCAUAUACACUUGUUUAUUUUUAUUUACCAUCCCUUAAAGAGUACAAACACGUGUAAUUUAAAAAAGAUUUUUUGUUGGUCAACCUGCAUUGAAAUUCAGUUAAUUCUGCGCCGUCACACUGACAGGUGAUGGAGUUCCCAGAAGGCUUUAACCAGCUGGAGCUGUUAGAAACACACGGUCACGUGAUCCCUGUGGGGACGGACAGCGCCUGGGACGAGGACGGGGACAAUGACCAUGAUGAAGACGACGAUGAUGAUGAUGAUGAAGGCCAGCACAGUGAGGAGUGGUACCAAGAGCAGGAACUGAGACGGAGAGACAGUCCGGCCGAGCUGAUGCUCUGGGCUGCUGAGAAGAACCGAUUGUGUACAGUGGAGCGCCUGACUGCGUCCGAUCCGUCCCUGGUUAAUUGCCGUGACGACGACGGGUACACGCCCCUCCACCGCGCCUCGUACAGCGGCCACGCUCUCGUCGUGUCCUUCCUCCUGGACUCGGGCGCCGAUUUUCGUGCCAGGACGGUGGAUGGCUGGACGCCUCUGCACAGCGCCUCCCGCUGGGGACACACCCACAUUGCAUCCUGUCUCCUGCGCCGGGGGUCAGAGGUCAACGCCACAACAAACGGUCAACUUACAGCCCUGCAGUUGGCGGCGGGAAACCCCGGAGCGCCGCACAUGCUGGAGCUCCUGCUUUCCCAGCGCACCCUGCAGGCGGGACUGAGGAACAGCGGCGGGGAGACGGCGUACGACAUCGCGCUCAGGAAAUCGGCGCAUCACGGGCUGUUCGAGAUUACCGAGCCGUGCAACAACGUCUACUGAGAUCCAGACGGGGGAGGGAGCGGGUCCCCCGAAUGCACCCCCCUGUGACAGUAACACUAAUUAUACUCUCAUAAAGUCGGGAUUCAUGAUUAUUCGGAUAAUCAGUUAAAAGUAAAAAAAGUAAACAUGAAGUGACCUGUUCCGUGUGACGCAAGUCAUUUCUUACCUGCUUUAUCUUUUGCUUAUUUUGUUUUCUUGCCCGUGCUGCAGGACUCUCUCAUAGGAAAGCGCCGUCUGCCCUCUUCCACGCUGUGAUUGACAGGUCAAUGAGACUUAGGCCCUCCCCCAGAGUCAGGACUCAAACUUGCG